AUGUCUUUGUUUCCGGCUUAUUCUGAUGAAACACCUAAAUCUUCAGAUUCAAAUGAACCAAACACUGUUUCAGAAGGAAACGAAUCAAGUUGGUUGCAUAAUUCUAGUUAUCUGGAACAGAUUUCAUCCAGAAAUCUUGUUGACUUUCCUUCUGACUCUUCAGAUGAAACUGUAAAUGAAAAUUAUGCAAACAAACAAGAAAUCUUACAUGAUGUUACUUCUCUAAGCACACAAGAAUCUGUAUUAGAUGAAAGGAAAAAACUUAAGCAUAUCAGAAAGAAAAAAAAAGAGAAAAGAAAGCAUGAAAAACAUGAGAAACCACCAUAUGAACCAGAAGUGGAAAAUCUGUAUUUUGAAGACAAGUAUAGAGAUAAAGGAAAUAGCACUGUAAAGACCCUUUGUUCUAGAGUAAGACCAUACUAUGAUAUUGAACAGAAUUCUAUUGGUUUUGCUUCACACAGACAUUUAAAGAAAGACACAUAUCAAAGAUAUUAUACAAAAAAUAUUGAUUAUGUAGAAAAAAAUAAAAAAAAAAGCAAUGUUAUUAGUAAGGAAUCUACUACUGGUCAAUCUAAAGAAGAGGAAUGCACUCCUUUGUGGCAAAUUAAGUUGGAAGAAUUACAAAAAGCUAAAACUAAAGAGUAUAAUGAAAAAUUAGCAGAAAAUCCAAAUGACAUUAAAUUGUGGCUUGAAUAUAUUGAAUUUCAGGAUGUGUUAGGAUAUUUUCAACAAUAUCAAACUACAAAGGAUGUCCAACGAGCACUGACAUUAAAGAAAUUGUCUAUAGUUGAAAAAGCAAUAGAAAAAAAUGUAGAAUCUCUAGAACUAUUAAAGUUAAAAUUAUCUUUCAUGGGAGAGCUCUUACCAGCUGAUGAGUGUUCAAAACAGCUUGAAACAUUAAUUAGUAAAGAUUCUGGAAACAUUGUUCUAUGGCAAACAUUUAUUAUGACUACACAAACUUCAGUAGCAAUGUGUACAGUACCAAGAGUUUUAGACUUAUAUUCAAAAUGUAUUUGUAUUUUAAAACAAAAAGCUAGGACAAAUCCAAAUAUUUACGAUGAACGAUUAUUACAAAUGUUGUACUGGUCUCUAACAUUUCUGAGGCAUACUGGGCUUUGGGAACAAAUGUGGGAAACAAUACGUCUGAAUCUCAGCUUAAAUCUUAGCUUGGGUAAAGAUAGUUUAUCUUUUCAAAAAACUAUUGAUGAAAAAAAGCUAAUUGGAAUGGAGGAAGUGAUAUUAAUGUCAAAAUUACCACUUAAUCAGUUAUGGCAAAGAACAGAAUCAUUGAGAGAGAAUUGCCACUGGAUUAGUGUCAGCAGAGAAGAAUUAGAAUUAGUUGGUGAUUCUCGAAGAUUUAUUAUACCGGAUGAUGUCGCAGAUUUUGUACAUCCUAUACUUUCAAGGAACUUAAAUUUCCGAAUGGCUAUUCACGCAUUACUUUUACUUAAAGUUCCACUUCUACCUACUCGAGAUUAUAUGUUCAAAACGUUAUGUUUAGAAGAAUUUGAAUGGGGUAUAGAAACUUUGGAGAUGUUACUUCCUUUUGCUUAUCCUAUGGCAGGUGAAAUGACUGGUCAUAGCCAAAGAAAGGAAUUGUUGAAUGGUAUAAUUGAAGGACAUUUGACAUCAGGUCCCCAAUAUCUUAUGUUCCAUCCUGCGCAAGAGUCGUACCUAGAUUUUAUACGGGAAGUGUUUUUCACAAUUGCGGAACAUUUACCAUCUCUGCAACGUGCGAAUAUGUACAUUUGGUGGCUAAGAUUUGAAAAACUGCUUGUUUUUUUCCAUAAAGAUGAUCCUUUAAAAUAUGAUAACAAAGGAAAAAAAUUAAAAACAACGUUAAAAGAAUUUUUAAAAAAAGAGACAAAUAGGAACAAUUUACAUUUCUAUAGAGAAUAUGCAUUAAUAGAAAAAGAAAUGGGUAGAUUUGACAAUUGCGUGAACAUUUUGGAAACAGCGAUACGAUCUCAAAAUACGUGUCUGUCUGAAAUUCAUAGUUUUGAUGAAAAAUUGGCUUUGUUUAGCUUGUAUCGAACAUUCAUUGAAACUUUACUUAAUUCUGACACAUAUAAAGAGACACACAGAAUACAAAUAUUAAAUAUUAUGAAACAAAUAGUACCUGGAGAUAGUGAAAACCAAUUACUGAUUGUAGAACAAUAUUUAGAAAAUUGUGUAAAAACUUUAUUAGAAGAAGAUUCUAUAGAAAAUGAAGAAGAUACAUAUUUUUUACCAAAUCUUAAAUGUGAUACAAUCGUAUGUUACGUAUACUUUUUGUACAUUCGAGAUUCCGAUAUUAACAGAAUUAUGAGCAUAUAUAAAAACUGUAUAAAUUAUUAUAAGGAAUAUCAUUAUAUACAGGAAUUGUUGUAUGAAAGUCUAAUUGCACUUCUACAAUUACAAUGCAAACAGACCAAAGAGGAAAACAUUUUAAAAGAGAAAUUAAAUGAUAUGUUAAAUUUAUAUCCAAAUAAUUGUUUUGCUCUCUCAACAUGGGCUUGUAUUGAGAGUGAAUCACCUAUUUGGAAAUGUAACACUCAAGUGUCUAAAUUUCCAUUAUGGAAAGCACUUGCGAUGUGUUUAGCAAGUCGUAAACGUGUUCAUUACUUAAAAGAAAUUAAAGAUUCUGUUAGUAUGAAUGCAGCAAUUAACAAGUUGUUGCAUUUUCAUAAAACACUUGCAAGAAUACCAACUACUAGGUGUUGUCCUCUGUUAUGGAGAUUAUACAUGCUUCUUCUUAGAGAAUAUAACUUGUGUGAAAAAAAGGGAGAGGAAGUAUAUCAUGAAAGUGUUGCACAGUGUCCUUGGGCUAGAAGUAUCUACAUUGAUGCAGCUGAAGUUGCUCCUCAAAUUCUUACACAAGUUCAAGAUGUGAUAAGAGAAAAAGAAUUAAGAAUGCAUGUUACUCCUGAAGAACUAGACAUUUUACGUGGCUAACUUUAAUUAUUGAUUAAAUAUAUUCCUUAUUUUAGUUGUAUAUAUUAUAUGUAUGAUAAUAAAAUCAAAUUUAACUUUCCAUUUAAAAAAA